CUACGAAGUCAACACGGAUUCGAUGGUUCCGAAAAUGAAAACAUAGUCGACGUCGUUGAAAAUUCUAAAAAUGAACAGUUGUCGUUUGUGUUUAAAAAAUUUCCUUCCGUCGCAGAAGCACUUGGAUAUUCACACACUGAAGGACAAACUGCAAUUAGUGUUUUCAUUUGAGAUCAAUACUGAUGAACAAUUUUCUGAGUUUGUUUGCCCAGCCUGUGUCGCGACGGUUUCCCUGUUCUACAAAUAUGCCUACGAAGUACAACAGAAUCAGCUUAAGCUUCGUAAUGCAGUUCAGGGUGAGUUUAUGGAGCUGAGAACAUCUCCAGCCGUUCUAAAACACGAGCAAAACUUCACCCUGGUGUCGGAUAUAAAAGUAGAGCCCACAAAUAAAACACCAGUGCUUCAGAAACCGAUUCUCGAAGCGGAAACAUUAUCAUCGUCUGCGGAACAGCGAAUGGAACUUGCCUUUGGCUCAAUAUUAACAGAUUUCAGCCGUGAUUUGGAAGGAUAUGAGCCUUUACCAAACAUGCAACUGGCAUUCAAAGGUGAUCCUUAUGAAAAGCAGAAGUUGUACGAUAUCCAGGACUAUUUGAUGCAAACUUAUUUUAGUCUGAACUGCGAAAUAUGCAGCACCCAACUGGUCAACCAGAGAGACCGUCGACUCCAUUUUAGUCAGAAUCAUCCGAACGAAAAACAUUUCGUAUCCUGCUGCAAUCAACGUUUUCUAACCAGGAUUAGUAUAAUGCGUCAUAUGAAUCGGCACUUGAAACGUGUAAUUGAAAGCAAUGCAACCGUGAAGCAUGUCAAAAGUUGCACGCAAGGCUCGGCGGAAGCAAUGGAAACUGUGUACGAUUGGCCUUAUUUGGAAAACAAGAGGGAAAUUCAUUCUACGUACAGUUUAUUGAUAAAAGAAUACCGCGACGAGUUGAUUGCUGGAGGUUUCAAUAUCCCAUUUAAACUGCCAGAAAAAGUAUUCGAGCGCGAACAACAGCUAAUACACCAGAUGCAAGACUUUCUGAUUGCAAAGCAUGCCUGCUUGAACUGUGAAUUGUGUGGAAUUCAUAUUCAAACCUAUCUGGAACGGCAAGAACAUUUUCGUACUAAUCAUCCCGAACAAGUGUUUUUCGUUAAGUGCUGUGGCAGUAAAUUUUGUAAACGCUAUGAUAUUUGUCUACACUUAAUACGUCACAAAAAAGGAUUACCCGUCAAAUCAGCUCGCGGACUUCGUCAUGUCCCAGCAGGUACGCAUGGAAGUGAAAAUGUACUUAUAGAAGCUUACUAUAAAAUGGACUGUGAACUUUGCGAUUACACUGGUAAUUCUUAUUUGGGAUUGAGGACUCACUUUUCGCUCGUACAUAAGGAUGAAGCGUUCUUCAUAACAUGUUGUAAUAGGCGUUUUCGAACAAGAAGUUACAUUUUAGAGCACAUCGCGAGCCACAAAACACCCAACGCAGUGAAAUGUGAACAAUGUCAACAAACUUUCGCAAACGAUCGAUCUCUUAAAGGUCAUAUGAUUCUAAAACACGUCAGCGAGGAGAAAAAGCUGUUUCGGUGUGAUCACUGCUCGGAGGCGUUUGCAACCAAGCACCUGCUAGUGAUACACUGCUAUAAGCAUGAACAGGCAACAUGUGACAUAUGCGGGCUGGAAAUGAAACGCAGCACAAUACGAGUGCACAAGGUCAACGUCCAUAAGAUGGGAGAGGAAAUUGUUUGUCAUGUGUGCGCUAGGGUGUACUAUUCUAAAUACAUGUUCAACAAACACUUCCGUACUUCCCAUCUGAAAAUCCGUAAGAAGUAUAAUAAUAAACGUAGGAAAUCACGUGCCAAGAAGAAGUUACCCGUCGUGGAUGAGUGUCAAGAAACGGCAACCGCGGUCUACACAAUCAAUGCUGACGAUUUAGCUUCUUUGGUAGUUCUGCAAAGAAAUCCACAAUGAUUAGCACCAGGUUACAUGAAAAAAUUGUUUCCUCUACGAUAGAAAGGAGGGAAAUAAAUUAUGUCAAGACAUAACAAAAAAUUUUAAACUAAAAUAAAUCCAUAAAAUGCUGUAAAACGCAUAUUUUGCCUUAUCACGCUAUCAGUACCAGGUACCAAUAGACAAACACACAGACAAACAGACGUUCCACUCGAUGACGAUUUCAUCGACCAGAAAAAUAACGAUAAUUUUGGAAUUUUGUUAAGUGGCAAUAAUGCCGCUAGUGUCGUUAUAAGC